AUGAAGGUCUCUGCAGCGCUUCUGUGGCUGUUGCUCACGGCAGCCACCUUCAGCUCCCAGGUGUUUGCUCAGCCAGCUUUUGUCCCACGUACCUGCUGUUUUACCCUGACCAAUAGGAAGAUCCCUAUUCAGCGACUAGAGAGCUACAGAAAAAUCAGCAGCAGCAAAUGUCCCCGGAAAGCUGUGAUCUUCAAGACCAAACUGAACAAGGAUAUCUGUGCUGAUCCCAAGGAGAAGUGGGUCCAGAAUUACAUAAAGUACCUGGAUCAAAAAUCCUCAACUUCAAAGCCAUAA